GUAAAAAAGAAGCAUUUCGUUACCAGUUGUGUACGAAAAGUAUCUCUAUUUGAAUUGGAAGUUCAAUAAGCGUUGAAAAAUGAAUACUUAUGUAGAAUAUAUAACAGUUAAUGGGAGUAAUGAAAUACGAUCAACACUUAAAAAUAUACAAACAUUGCGAAACCAAAAAAAUUUGGAAAACAAAGAUGUAACUAAGAAUAAGGAAGAAAAAGAAGAAAUUAAAUUCAUAGAACUUACUGAAAUUUUUGCUGGAGAUCUACCUCCAGAUUUUGAGAAUUUAACUGAUGUAGAAAAACAUCAGGUAGUAAAGAAAUUAGUGACGAGAAAUUUUCCAAAUCAGCCUGAAUCUUUGAGUGAAAUAACUGCUGGAACUUUCUUCCCUGGAGAGCAUACUAGAAACCCCGAUAUUAAACCUUCAUGGUAUGAUGAAGAAAAAUUUUUGCGAGGACAAAAAUUCGCCCAGGACAAUUAUGUCGGCUUGUUUUUAUCUGAACUUCUAUCAUUGUUUUUACUAUUCUCUUUUGAAGAUGGUUUGAAGCCGAUUAUCUUCACUCAGAAUACAUCAGAACCCUAUACUUCAUUCAAAAGGUACCUGUCGCUUUCGUCUCGAGUAAGAAAUUGGUAUACCACUUGUCCUUUCACUAAAGGAACCCCAGCAUACAAAGAUAUUCAAGUAGUCAAAAGAAUGCAUGGUUUAGCAAGAAAAAAAUUUGAUAGCUCUACCAAUGAAGAAAUUGACCGAGUUACAUCACUUAAAGAUACCUGGGCACCGACAAGAGAUUUAUUAGUAGAAGAUUUUCGAGAAACAUGUGAAGCACCUUUGCCAGGACAAUGCCCAUACGCCAUGAAUGAAGUUAAAGGUAAAAGACCAAAAGGAUUAAGUCAAGGAGAGAUGGCUAGUACUCAGUGUGCAUUUGUCUGUCUUAUGAUUCUUUAUCCUGAAAAAUUCGGAGUACAUGAUAAGUGUGAAGAAGAUUUAGAGGCAUUUUGCCAUUUAUGGAGAGGACUUGGAUUUUUACUUGGCAUUGAAGACGAAUUUAAUUUCUGUCGAGGAACGUUAGAAGAUGUGAAACUAAGAUCCAGGAAUUUCAUAGACUACUGGGGCAGACCUAACUUCCGUGUGUCAACUCGGGAGUGGGAGCAUAUGUUGCGUUGUGCACAUGAAGGGAAACAUUGGUAUUACCCUAGAAUAUCUUACGAAAUGGAUUUACUGUAUCUCACAGAGAUGCUGGAGUUGAAUAUGCCACGGUUGAAAGCAUUAAUCACACCUUCUGAUUGGAUUACGUAUAACAUGACCAAAUUCAUCAUAAAAUAUCCGUUCCGAGUUCCACAAAUCAAAUCUUUCUUCAAUAAACAUCUAAAUCAAUCUAUUGAUCGUGCAUUAAAAUACGAUCAAAAAGAGCACGAAAAAUUACGUGAAAAAUCUGCUAAGAUUAUUAAAGAAGCAUCAGCUACAGGAGUUGAUAAAAUUAGACACUCCUCAUUAAGUGAUAACAUCGUUGCACAGCUGAAAUUUGUCAAGAUAUUCAUGUCAUUUCUAGUGUUUUCUGUCUUGUGGAGAGCUAUCUCAUUUUUAAUUUAAUUACAGAUAUAAACAGAUACUUUAUUAACCUUUCUCUGACUUUCUGCCUUGUUAAAAAUAAAAUUCGUUAGCAGAUAGCUGAUAUUAUCAAAUAAAUUCUUAAAUGUACAUAAAUAAAUAUAACUCUAUGGAAUUAAUAUAAAUUGGAAUAAAUUAAUGGUCAGUUGUGCUAAAUACAU